UUUCUAACGAAUGAAGUUGACCAAUGACCAAUCUCAUUAUCUUCCCACUUUUCACGCCAAAUCUUUGUUCACCCACAAACCCCCAAUAUCUGUGCAAAUCUACAGCCGAAUGUCGUAACACAACGCAUAUAGCCAUAUCGGAUCGUAUGCAAAUUAUGUUGCUGCUUUGCCAGGGCAUGCAUGUAAUUUUGGGCCCAUUUUCGUAGCCAAAUGUGUGACAAUUUGGAGCGGCAAUUAGCCAGCUCUCCGGUCUCCUCCUCCUCUGCGUGAAGCUCUGGCCAACUAUAAAACUCAGCCAUCGAUUGAAUCCCAGGCAUAAUUCAGCUCGCGGUCUCAGACGCAGAAGAAGCAAAUCGCAGAAAUAACUCCCGCAAAAUGCAGCAAAUGUUGGUGAUUCUGUCGCUGGGUUUAAUGGUGGCCUGUACGGGCGCAAUGCCAGCCGUGGGUCCUGCCCUGUUUCCCGCGGCACCUGGCGCCGCUCCGUUUGGCGUAUUUCCUGGAUCUGCGGCUGCUGCUCCAUUUGCUGCCUACACAAAUGGACAGUUUGGUGUUCCUUUUGGUGUCGCUGGUGUACCCUUUGGAGCCGCUGCAUUUCCUGGGGCUCCGUUUGGUGCUGCUGCUCCUUUGGUUAAUGCUCCGCUGGGCGCUGCUCCUCUGGCUGUCUCUAGCAGUCAGCGUUUGGAUUACUUCAAUCAGUUCAAUGCCGCCUUUGGUCCGCCUGCUGCCGGACGUUUGCUGGCCGCUGGUCCAGCUGGAAUUGCUGCUCCAUUUGCAGCUACACGACUGAUCCAGCCGGCACGUUUGAUUGCUCCAGGUUCAUUCUUCUUUUAAGCUGCGAAAACACAAUUUAAUUUCAUAGAUUUCACUCGUAAGAAAUAAAACUAAAAAAUG